UCUGUUGCGUCGCCAAAAGGUCAACCUUCCCGCUAGCACAGCAGAAGGAUAUAUAUAGGCGGAUAAUUGUAUGCGACACGUUCUCCACUACCAGUACUUACAAGCGCGUUUACAACCACACCACCAACCACCCACUUGCAACGCCCACUCUAACCAUCCCCCACUGCACCAUUACACUAUUCCCUAUACUCGCACCACCCGGCGGCAAAUUCGGGUUACUCGGAACCGCCGCCGGUGCGCUAAAUGCUGCAUUACUCGUUCUUGUCGUACUCCUGCCCGUCUCCACUGGUCCAUUGCCCGCCCUUGUUGUCAGAUCCCUAACCUAAAACUCGCCGCCUGCGUCUCACUAGGCUUGAUAUCCCACAAGCUCGCUAAACUCGUGUGAGCCAUGGGCGGCAGCUCGAAUGUCAACGUCGCCGA